AUUUACAGUAAAUCAUGCUCAUGAAAGUGAACGUGCCGUGUUUAAAGUUGCUUUUCCUUCAUUACCUGCUGUUCCUGCAGAGACUGUCUGCUAGAGAGUUUUCUAGAAGGACUAUAAAGGAGAGAGUAGGCCUACUUUCCACCAUGUUUCCUGGCAGCAGCAAACCUCCUUCUCCUCUUCCUCCUCCUGCCCCUCUGUCUCCUUUUUCUGAGAUGCAGAUGGAGUUUUCUGCCUCCUCCCUCUCUUCCUCACCUCCUCCUCCUCCUGUAUCUAAGACCUCCUCCAUGUACCCGGUGGUCCACCCGGUCCCAGACCCCACCGCCCAGGCCGGUUUCUCCUCUGUCUCUCUUUAUACACCUGCACUUAAGGACCAGAUUCACAAAGACUCUGCCACUCCACCGUCUUGCACCGACACCAAAACAGUUGACGUCUUCUCCUCUGGUGAUUCCUCCACAUGCAAUAACAAAACCCUGAGCAGACGGCAGACAUGUUCACCACUCCCAGACAUUAAUCGUGAACAUGAGCUCAGCAGCUCCUCCUCUGAACAUAAGGAGACGUUUGACGGGAGACACGACAGACCUCAGGAAUAUCCACAUAAUGAACACAAACUCCCAACAACAGCCGACGAGACUGUUGAUGAAAAGAAAUUAGCUGAAAACGAUCAUGUGAAGUGCCAUGGGAACCCCAGAGGAGCUGCUCACAAGUCAAUCAUUCGCUCUGACAGUUGUCCUGCUGCAGCCGCUAGUUACAUGAAAGAGCGUACAGUUGGUAAAGUAUCGUCAGCCAUAGAUGCUAAAGCUCAGGUCCUGGCCAUCCUCUAUGAGACAGACCACAGGCCUAAUGCUGCUCCGGUAAGAAGCAUGAGGAGGAGGAGGAGACAAAUAAAAAAACCUAACCCUGUGUUCAUGGCAUGUGUGCAACGAUGCAAUUAGAACAUAAGAUAGAAGUGCAUCUGUCACAGUCCAUACAUGAGUUGUGUGGAGUUUCAGUUUUAUAACUAACAAGCGGUUCCAGGCACAACAAAC